AAUACGCACGGGAUAAACCCCAACCUCUGUGCAAGGUCUCCACCUCCCCCUCCCCUACUGACGUCAUGCACCGAGCUGAAGCUAUUGCACGGAAAGAGCCUGCUCGCAGCCGCGCCACUGUGAAUAUCUCUAUGCUCAGUGCCAGGGCUGUGGAGUGUGCAAAGGAGGGAGAGAGAGUGAGCGAGGAGGAGAGGUGGAGGGAAUACAGUUGGAUUUGGAAACAACUGGAAAACUACGACGCGCGCACAGUACGCACCGAGCGGAAGGCACAUCGACGGCGCGUAGCCAACAUUUCACCUACUCCCCGUCACUUGCGAUCGGAUUCAGGCGAGAAUGGAGCUCCCUGCCGCCGGAGAGCACGUCUUUGCGGUAGAGGGCAUCGAAAAGAAGCGCAUCCGCAAGGGCAAGAUAGAGUACCUGGUCAAGUGGCGAGGCUGGUCUCCCAAAUACAACACAUGGGAACCAGAGGAAAACAUCCUUGACCCGCGCCUCCUUCUUGCAUUUCAACACAGAGAGAGGCAGGAGCAGUUGAUGGGAUAUCGUAAACGGGGGCCAAAACCGAAACAUCUUUUACUCCAGGUGCCCUCAUUUGCCCGAAGAUCCAGUAUCCCUGCAAGUUUGGAGGAAAUAUCCCAGGAUGCAGAAGGUAGCCUCAAGUCAGAUCCCAUCCAGGUCCAGCGUUCCCAGCCUCAGCAGUACCAGCUAAACAGCAAGAAGCACCAUCAGUACCAGCCCAGCAACCAGGAAGUCCCUGCUGACCAGCUAAUCAAUGGCAAGAAGAAGUUCAUCUACCAGCUAAACAGCAAGAAGCAUCACCACUAUGAGCCUGACCCAAAUAUGUACGACCCACAGGCCUCUAGGCUCAAAGAAGUGGUCAAAGUUCAGGAACCAGCAAGUAAACCAGCAAAUCCUGGCUGGAACCUACCUCUGGCACUGCAGCAGAAAUGGAUUCGUGACAAAGACACAGGCUGCUUGAGCAAAGUCAAAGAGCUGGCAGUGGAAGUGAGGAAACCAGCUGUCAAAGAGGCUGAGAGUGAACAUGCCCUUAAACCCAAUCCUAAAGACGCUUCGCUGCCUAGCGCUAUUAGCAGCAAAAUGAAGAUAAUCAAGAACAAAAACAAGAAUGGACGUAUUGUUAUUGUCAUGAGCAAAUAUAUGGACAGUAACAAGGUUCAUGGAGCAAAGGGUAAACAUGGGGAAUCAUCAAGGGAAGAGAAACCCCAAAACACCAAACCAUCAGAGAACAAUCCAGCACACAGAACCAAAAUGGUUGAGCACCCAGAGAACGGUAUCCCCAAAGAGAUCUGUAAUGGCAGCCCCCUCCCUGCCGCAGAGCAUCCUAUAAAGUGUUCCCCAAAAGACAGACAUUUCUCCAAACCUUCGCCAAGCACAGCUGAGGAAUACAACACAGAAGUGGCUCGAGGUCAGGCUGAUUUACCAGAUGAUUUACCCCUACAGCUGACCGCUAGCUCACCCCCAGCAUCCUGGGCCGUUGACAAUAACAUCCUGACUCCAACAGCCCUUGACCAGAUCAGGAUUCCCUCUUUUCCCAGUGACCGUAAGAGGAAGCUCUCAAAUCCAGUGGAGAACAUGAAUGUUUCUAAAGUCUUCCUGACUUCCAGAAGCAUCAGUGUUCCCGGCACUGUGGUCAUGCCGCCUCAGGACAAACCCAUGGACCUUCACUGUAGCAGCCGGCGUCAUAGCAGCGCAAGUACACAUGAGGUUAUGGACUCUGGCAGCCAAGAAGAGCCGAUGGAUCUCAGCUGCCCAAAGACUAAGAAGCUGGUAGAGCCAGAAGUACAACCAGAGCUGGAAGCGAAGCCUGAGCCUGCUGUCAAAGAUACGCCUCCAGUUUCAGAGGACACACAGAAAUCCGCUGAGAAGUCUAAAGAAGCACCCGUUAAGAAAAUCUCCCCUUUUAUGGGAAACAUCAUAAUCACUGAUAUCACAACAAACAGUCUCACUGUCACCUUCAAGGAGUAUGUUUCUUUCUAACAAACUCUGAUACCAGUGACUGAUUGGAUCAUCCUGUCAAUAUGUGCAUAUGUAAAAUGCCAGAAUUUUGUAUAUAAGGAAAUUUAUAAUUUAUCAUUCAAAUUCAAAAGGUUUCUUAUGUUUUAUACCAUAACUCCUUUGUGAUGUAGCCAAGAAAGUGCCCUCGAGGAUUUGAGUGAAUGCACACACACACACACACACACACACACAAAAAUCAGUUUAUUUGUCAUAUGGGACUUAAUGGGGUAGACUUGCUGUUGUUUCAUACCUGUACCAAACUUAUAAUCUAAGAUGUAUGAAGGUUUAUACAUAUUUUGUAUGAAUAAUAUCCUUUAUUUUGGUUCUGAUAGAAGAGAGGAACUGUUCGGCUCUGUGGUGAUAUAAGAUCAGAUUGAUAGCACUUAAUGACAUUUUUCACAUGAUAAUUUGUGUCCUAUACCUUAAUUAAUGGAAAAAAACAGCGGCUCUAUUUAAGUCUUAUCACUCAGUGACUUUAUUCCAGACGUUUACCCUCAGUCUGAAUUGGCAUGUGUUUUUUUUUUUUUGUGUUUUUUUUUUUUUGCCCCAGAUUUAGUUUGUGACUCACUGGGGAAAAAUGAUUAGCCAUUACAUGCAAAUCUAAAAAGCAGGUUUGUCUGAAUACAGUGUAAACAGCAGUGGGACACGUUCAGCUGUUAAGCAGUGUAACACAGGUGUCUGCGGAUUUGCUGUUGCAGUCCAUCGCUGUACUGCACGGCUCCUUUUUGUCAAACGUUUAUGGAAUAAAACCAGACAUGAAUGUUCUCAAAGUUCGGUAAACAUUUAACUUCCUGUUAAGAUCAUGUAUUGAUUCUUCAAUUGAUUAUUUUAUUGUUGACCUCACAUAUUAUUGGAGUUACUUUAAACUAUCUGCUAGUCCUGUUAGAUGUCUACUAAUGUCACAGAUUAAUGAUGAUCAUCUCAUUUUGUCGUUGAACCUCAUUACAUGAAGAAUACCGUUGUACAGAAAGCUACCAGGGUUAUUAUACAGAUUAAAUGUGAAUUGUGAGGCUGGUUUUGUGUACUGUUACACACAUGCCUGCGUGUAACAGUAUAUCAUGUGUGCAAGCUGUUUUGAUUAUGCUGCUGAAAAUUCAAACGUCAAAGCUGUUGGAUGUAAACCUACGUCUGGGUCUAAAUUUCCUUCUAUGCACAUUAAAUACAAAACCAGUAAGAAUGCUAAAAUGUUGUAAUGAUGAUAAUAAUGAAGAGUGCAUCUUUAUCAACAGUUCAUGUGUUGUCCAAAACAGUUAGAAGGUGAUCUGUGCAUUAGAAGCUGCAGUGAUUCCACUGGCCAGGUUUUUAAAAGAGAACAACGAGGCAGUCUGUUCACAGCUGUUCUGUUUCGUUUGCUCAUUCUUUCUUGCACUUGGCUCAAAGUCAAAAUGAUUGUUAUUAUAAAGUAUGUUCCAUCAGGAGUUGGUUGACUUAUUGCUGUUGGCCCAGCUUGUUGGAUGGUAUGUUUCACAAUAAAGAAAGAGAUUUGACCUCU